ACAGACACUCUGAACUAUGGCCGUGGGCAUCAUGCUGUAGGCCACUAUCCAAUUAAAAAAAAAAAAAAAAAAAAGGCUGUACACUGUUUACGAAAAUGGAUUAUGCUCGAGACUUGUUGCUGAAGUAUGGGUGGAAAGAAGGCAAAGGGCUGGGCAAGAACGAAGACGGCAUCGCGAAGUGCCUGAGGCCCAAGAUGAAGUUCGACAAGCUGGGCAUGGGCUACGACGCGGCGGAGCAGUUCACCAACCACUGGUGGCAGAGCGCCUACGACAGAGUGGCCGGCAACAGCACCGGGCCUCGGAGGAAGAAGGAUGGCGUGGAGGGGGGGAGAGACGACGAAGCAGCGGAUGUGACCACCAGCAAGCGCCACUCCUCCAAACUGAAGAAGCAGCUCACCUUUGGGACGUUCCAGCAGAUGUCGACGCUGGUGGGGAGCGUCGAGGUGGCCGAUCGCGUCCCGGAACCGGACGAGGACGAGCCGGAGGCAGCCGCCCCCGGCCGAGCGCUGCCCGACGAGGAGCUGUUCCAGGCGUGCGGCGGUCGCACCGUGCACAAGGCGGCGCGGCACGGGAUGGGCCUGAGCGGCAAGAUGGCGAGGGUGGAGGCCCAGGAGCUGGAGUUGCUGCGCAGCCUGGGGCGGAAGCAGUCCAGGGGGAGAGAGCGCGACGCCGUCUCCGCCCGGGAGAAGAAGAAGCACGAGAAGAGGGGGAACUGCGAUCAGGAAGUCGACGUGGGCGCAGAAGUCGGUGCGGCGGGUGAUCCUGAAUCCCGCCCCGAGGACGCGAACGGCGUCUUGAAACGCAAAAGACGCAAGAAGCGGAAAUCACGCGAGAGAGACUGGGGUGAUGAAAGUGCGGACGUGGUGGAAGGAAUGUGCGAUGGAAGGCAGGAGACGGCCGAGGAGGGUGUUUCAGAUGAGAAGAGAAAUAAGCAUAAAAAGAAACACAGCAAGGAAGAGACUAGAUGACGAAGGUCCUUAUUAAGAUGUAAAUAAAUAUUAUUUUACCUUUUUGAUGAUCAAA